UAAAGAAAAAAAAUUAAGGACCAAAAAUAUGACGAAAAAUAUUUGUAAAUAAACCAUCAUUUAGGGGUGUCGAUUGAUGGAUUAUGAGGAGAUACCCUGGCGAUGAGUCUCUCUGCUUCUGUGAAUACAUCAACGAUAAAGGAGACCGCAGUCAUCUGCUUGCCUGCUGCUGCGAUUGUCAAGCGUUGGAUGAAGCAGCCGAUAGGGUGCUAACGUGCCGCCGCCUACCUCCGGAACUGCAACAGAAAAUCAUGACGACUGUCCAGGAACGCUGUCGUAUCCCAUGGUGCAAUGGUAAAGGUGCCAUCAUGGUGCGUGUAGAUAUCAUCGUCCCCGUCAUCAUGGUUCCGUUGUGUUUACUCAUGGCGACGCUGAGCUGGCAGAUGAGUGUCAUCAUCUUGCCUGGGAUGUACCUCUUUAUGUAUCUGUUCUACCGCUACUGGAGAGACCUGGCUGGUCAGAGAUCAGUCUCCAAGUUCUUCUUUUCCUGGGCAUUGACAUCAGUCGCAUUUGCUUUCUACGUUUUUGAAACUAUUGUGAUAUCUUUCCGUGAGGUGUUACUGUGGGAAGAUCUGCUCCUAGUCUCCAUGGCGAUGGCCAUGUUUUAUAUGUUGUGUAUAUGUAAACGGAGACCGUUACACAUCAGGAACGUCCGAUCAACCCUCUCCGCACGGAAUAGCACCAGUGAUAUGUGUCGGGAUUCGAGUAUUAAGGUGACGAUCGAGGAUAAUAUAGGUCUGCGCAAACUAACAAUAGACGACAGUAGAGAGGGUGGAGAUGAGGAGACACCACACAUUUCUGUUAUAUACGAGUCAGAUAUGACAUGGGUGGACUCAAGGCCUGUCAAAGAUGGACGCCUAGUACAGUGGUGUGAGGAGUGUGCUAUCGUGCGGCCCCCACGAUCUGGGCAUUGUACAGUCUGCAAGAUGUGUGUGGAGGGUCGCGAUCACCACUGUGUAUGGAUCAACUCUUGUAUAGGUGACCAGAAUCAUCGUUCCUUCCUGCUUGCAUGGUUCAUGUUACUCUGUGUUGGUUUCUAUGGCAGCCAUCUCUCCCUGACGACCAUCUGUACCCCAAAGAUGUAUCUUGACAUGUUCCUGUUUGCAAAUGAUUGUCGCUUCAUCUACGCUGAUACAUAUAACGCGCUAGCAUUUGUGACGACCAUCUACAUCCUAUCAGCUACCGUCCUGCUCACAUGCGGCUUCAUAUUCCAACAAUGUCUCCUCAUCAGUCAAAACGUGACCAAUCAGGAAUUCCAUCGUGCCAGGAUCCUCGGGCGGACCAAGUUUUAUUUCUUUGUACAGGGGAACAUUAAUAAUCGAGGCUUCUUUAAGAACUGGUGGGACUUUUGGCUGAAUCAACGCCGAAUGAGUUACAUGUCAGACUCGUCACGGUCAGUGUCGAAUAUUUGAAACACUUCUCAUCGUGGUCUGUAGGUGUCCUUUUACGUUGGCAAGAAGCAAGUUACAAACCUUGAAUCAAAUACUCUGCUCCCUUCCUUUAGAGAAGCAUUCGAGUUCUAGCUGGGCCAGCACUGAUAAGUAUUCCUUUGUUGAGGGAAGAUGACAGCGUCAGGUCUAAUCCCUCGGGCCUUUGGUCUAAAAAUACUCAUAUUUAGACCCAAGUUGAGAAAAAACAUUGCAAAAACAGAGACAUUUGGUGUUAUUGCACACGAGUCAACAAAAACAGGUGCCUCUGUCUGGAAAGGUCAUUUUUCUCUUCUUGUUUUGGUCAGGUUGACACAAAGCUUGCAGUGAUGUUGUAUUCCUUUUGGUGAAAGACAGAAAAAUUAUUUUAAAACUACCUUUACAAAUGUGUUAAUAAUCCAAUACUUAAUAA